AUGGGCACCGAUCCCAAGCCAGCCGAGCGCAAGCAGCGAGGCAUCAGCAGCUUCUUCAAGCCCACAGGGGAUGCUGGGGCCGCAUGUAAUCCAUCUAAGGACGCGGCCAAGGAGAACAAGCGCACAACUGCAGCGGGAGGUCGCAAGGAGACUGGCAAUGCAGAGGCCGCCGGCGACGGGCGCCGCCUGAAGCGCCUCAAGCGUGGCAAUGAAAGCGCGCCCGCGGCGGCAGGGGCGCAGGAUGAGGACCUUGAGGAUGCAAUGGAUGAGGACGAGCCCGGACAGGGCCAGCAGCAGCAGCAGCAGCAGCAGCAGCAGCAGCAGCAGCAGCAGCAGCAGCAGCAGCAGCAGGAGCAACAACAGGAGCAGCAGGAGCAGCAGGAGCAGCAGCAAAAAGGAAAGCAGCAGCAGCAGCAGCAGCAGCAGCAGCAGCAGCAGCAGCAGCAGCAGCAGCAGCAGCAGCAGCAGCAGCAGCAAGAAGGAAAGCAGCAGCAGCAGCAGCAGCAGCAGCAGCCGCCCGACAAGGGCAGCGGGGACUGCCGGGGGCAGGAGAAGGGCGGCAAGGGCACCGAGGCGCCCUCAAUACCAUCGCCGAGCAAGGUGUGCUCCCCUGGGACACUCGGGGCGGGAGUCCUUGUCAUGGUUUAA